CAUUGCCAGAAUUCCCUACCCAGCUCACCGAAUAUAAUCCCCACAGCUCCCCGGUUAUAUCCUCUGAAACCUUAGGUCUUAUGCGGCAAGAACGUUUUCCUCCCUGGUACGCCAAGGCCCGUCAACCGAGGUGACCAAGCAACACCAUGUCCACUAUGUUGGGGUCUCCGGACAUGACAUAUCCGAAUGAUUCACUCAUGCCACCCUGACCUUCUUCAAUUGCAAUUGUUCUGCAUCAUUUGUGCAACUAUUCAAAUAGAACAAAGCCUAUUACCUCUACAUUCUCUAUAUUGACUCCCAUCCGCAAUGUCUCUCAAAGUUGCCAUCAUCGGCGCCGGCCUCAUCGGUCCCCGCCAUGCUCAAUCCGUCAUUGCUAAUCCAACCACCGAGCUGAUUGCCCUCGUCGACCCGGCACCUACCGGGGAAGCAACGGCCACCACGCUAAACACCAACUUCUACCCUUCCGUGGCAGCCCUCCUAGCUUCCCCCCACAGACCAGACGCCGCCAUCGUGUGCACCCCAAACCACACACACGUCCCCGUCGCCAAGGAGCUUCUAGCAGGCGGCAUCCACGUCCUCCUCGAAAAGCCCGUCAGCGACACUCUUGAGACGGGCCGCUCCCUCCUGGAGUUCGCACGAGCCCCAGAACGAUCACACCUCAAGCUCCUAGUCGGUCACCACCGGCGCUUUAACCCCUACGUCCGCGCCACGAAGGCCGUCCUCGAGUCCGGCUCGCUAGGCCGGACGAUCGCCGUCAAUGGACUAUGGACCCUCUACAAACCGGACUCGUACUUUGCCGCGCCAACGGAUUGGCGUGCCUCGGGGGCUCGCGGCGGAGGCGUCAUCCCUAUCAACCUCGUUCACGACAUCGACCUGAUGCACCACCUCUUCGGUCCGAUCGUACGCAUCCAAGCCGAAAAGACUCUGCCUCAACGACCCAGCCCCCCGCACGACGCGGACGAAGGCGUUGCACUCACAAUGCGCUUCGCCUCCGGCGUCGUCGGCACGUUCCUCGUCUGCGACGCAACCCCCUCCGCGCAUAACUUCGAGUCCGGCACGGGCGAGAACCCGAUGAUCCCGCGUGCGACCGACGCCUCCUCGUCGGACUUUUACCGUAUCUUCGGCUCGGAUGCCUCGCUCAGUGUGCCGGAUUUGACGCGCUGGAGUUACGGGUCUGCGGAGAAGAGUUGGGCGAAUCCGUUGGUUGCGGAGAAAAUUGCGUUGCCGGACGAGGAGGCUCCGUUUGAUUUGCAGUUGGCCCAUUUUGUGGAUGUUAUUGCUGGGACCGUGGAGCCUAGUUGUUCGGGUGAUGAGGGGUUGAGGGCUUUGAUUGUUUGUAAGGCCGUGCAGACGGCCAUGCAGACGGGGUUACCGGUGGAUAUUCCUGUUGAUCCGUUGGCGUAGUAACACCAUGGAUAUUGGGUGAGAAUGGUGGUGAGAUAAAUAUGGAUCAUUACUCAUGAAUAAUUUUGGAUUUUGUUUUGGAAAUGUGUGAGAUAACUAUCCGAAUGAUUCUUAGCUAGGUGUCUUUGGCAGUCAUGUCCAAUUUGAACUCUUUCUCCGUUGA